UGUUCCGUUUUGCGGUGGGAAGAGGACAGGUGUUUAGAAAAUAUCAGGAAUGUGUUCGGAUUAGUCAUGCCUGCUAGGAUAUGUGUGCUGCUGGGGCUUCUGUGCCUCGCGAGUUUCUGCCGCGGUAGUAAACAGCCAGGGGAGGUGCUCCUGGUCAUUGCCUGCCCCCCGUAUCCUCUGCAGGCCAGAAGUGAGUGCUCAUCCUUAUCGCACAACGUGCUGAAGCAGCAGCAAGCACUGGUGCUGGCCGGGAUCUUCCCCGGAGAAUUUGUCCUAAAGGUCCAUGUAAUGCAUGAGCUGCUUAACUACUGGACCCUGCUGGACGCACUGCCUCAUCUGCGAGCCCCGGCACGUGUGCUGGGUGCGCGUACGGAAUGGAUUAUAUGGUGUCAACACAACACGCGUGUGUCCUCGCUGCGCGGCCUGCUCGAGCAACUGCGUCGCCAGGACUCGAGGGAGCUCGCCUUCUAUGGCCACGCCCUCUACGAUGCGGAGGCCACCAUUAUCCACCACUUCUGGAACUACAAGGGUGCCCAGCAGUUCCCAUACCCCAUGCUCAGUGCCGGAGUCGUAUUCACUGGCGCUCUGUUGCGAAGGUUGGCGGAUCUGGUUGCUCCCACUGGCCACAACAUCACCCUUCGCAGCGACUUCUCCAUUGAUGCCUCUCACGAGCUGGCUCGCUUUAUUUUCGACAAUGUAUCGCCGCAUCCGCACAUUAGCACCCCGAUUUCCGGAGGAAUCAUGCUGAAAGGUGCCAGCUACAUUUGCCCCACCGCCGCUUCCGUGCCGCACAGGAAAGUGGCAUGUGUGCUGCAUGCGCAGCCGGAGGAGCCACUGACUUCUUUGGGGCAGCGGAGGAAUGGCUGUCUGCACACAACAGGAUCGCACAUAUACUUCGCCAUCAAAACCUGUGCGAAAUUCCACAAGGAACGCAUACCAAUCAUCGAGCGCACCUGGGCAGCCGACGCCCGGAACAGGAGAUACUACAGCGAGGUGGCAGACGCCGGCAUUCCGACAAUCAGCACUGGGAUACCCAAUGUGCAGUCUGGACACUGUGCCAAGACAAUGGCCAUCCUACGAUUAUCCCUCAAGGACAUUGGCAAGCAACUGGAUAUCCGCUGGCUCAUGCUCGUCGACGAUGACACGCUGUUGAGUGUGCCCCGCUUGAGCGGCCUCCUGUGCCGCCACAACGCCACGGAGCUGGUGUACCUGGGCCAGCGAUAUGGCUACCGACUGCACGGUCCCGACGGCUUCAAUUACCACACGGGUGGUGCCGGCAUCGUGCUCAGCCUGCCGCUGGUGCGGCUCAUCGUGGAGCGCUGCAGUUGUCCCAGUGCCAGCGCACCCGACGACAUGAUCCUGGGCUACUGCCUCCAGGCGCUGGGCGUGCCGGCGAUUCCCGCUGCCGGUAUGCACCAGGCCAGGCCGCAGGACUACGCCGAAGAACUGCUGCAACAGCACCAGCCGCUGUCCUUCCACAAGUUCUGGAACACCGAUCCGGAGCACACCCACCGCAGCUGGCUGGGAGGCAGCCUGGUCAACCGGAGUGCUCCGCUGGCGGCGCACAAGGAACAGCCCGCAGCUGGACCACUCCCCGCGAUGAUGGGGCGGCAUUCCUUGGCCGCAGGCGUCGGAUUGCUGCAGGAAACGGGGCUGGGCAAGCACCUAGAUCUCUGAGCCGCAGAGGUGAGUGCUGAUGCUGACUGUCGCAGUCAGUUGAACUUUCGGGUAGAACCCGAAAAGCAAUCUGCAGGCAGCCAUCAAGCGGCUGCCAAGCACACAAAUUGCCAUUUUCUA